CCCCCCCCCCGGGCCAUGGGCUCAGCGCCGCCGCCUCCACCCGGCUCCAGCUCGGCAUCAUCAGCAUCAUCGUCAGGUGGUCGCCGCCACUCGUGCUACCUGUGCGACUUGCCGCGAAUGCCGUGGGCCAUGAUCUGGGACUUCUCACAGGCCGUGUGCCGCGGCUGCGUCAACUACGAGGGCGCCGACCGCAUCGAGCGGGUGAUCGAGCAGGCGAGGCACCUGAAGCGGGCGCACGGACUACCACAGGCCCAGGCUCAGGUACAGGCCCAGGCCCAAGCCCCGCCGCCGCGUUCUCCCGCUCCCCGGCACCCGCACCGCCUGCUGCAGCUGCCCGACUACCCUCCGCCGGGGCCUGGUCCCGGGCCUGUACCUUCCCGCCCUCUCCUCGGGCCCGCCGCGCUGCUAGGCCUCAACCCCAUGGGCCUAGAUCCCGGCCGCCGGCCCGAGUUGGAGCGGGCUCUGCGGGACAAGCCGGGCCCUCCUCCGGCCGAGCCGCUGGCCGAGCUAGGCCGCGCCUUGCGCCACCGAGCCGAGGAGUGGGCUGGAAAGCCGGCCGCCGUCAGGGACUCUCUCCUCGGCCUGUCCGAGUGCGCACCCGUCGCCCUCCGCCUGCGGGCCGAGCCGUCGCUGGGAGCCCGAGUCCUGGCCUUCGAUGCGGCCGAGAGGCCCCAAGACCGGGCCCUGGAGUUGCGGCUGCUGGUCGAGUACCCGCCCGGCUCGGGGUCGGUGCAUUGCGGGGCUGCCGAGGCCUGCCGCCGGAUGCUGGGCGACUGCAACAAGGAGAGGGCCUGCAGCCCUGGCCUAGAGGGCCUGGAAUACCAGAGGAGGCCUGGAGGCAGCAGUGCAGACUGGAGGCCCCUGUCCCACCUACUGACAGAGGGAGCCCGACUCUUCAAGGAGCCCGUGCCAGCCGAGCUGAUGCCCGAGUCCCAGGCGGGUGGACUGGGGUUGCCCAGAGCCGGGCAUCGUCGCCGUAAAGCUUCUCCGGACGGGGAGCCUGAAGCUGGCAAGGCAGCGGCAGGAGACGGGCAUUCCUGGGCAUCGGUGGCCGAAGGGGCCGUGGGUCAAUCGCCCGUCGCCCUGGUCAGCAGCAGCGCUUCGGACCCCAAGGACGGCGGGCAGGCGGUCCACUCCACCACGGCGCUUGGGCAGAGGCGCCUGACCCCGCGUAACGGGGAGCCGGGCGCCCCCGAGGCCGGGCAGGCCGGCGAGCCUCAGGGGGCCCCCGAUUCCUCCAACGGGCCCCUGUGCUGCACCAUCUGCCACCAGCGGCUGGAAGACACCCACUUCGUCCAGUGCCCCUCCGUGCCCGCCCACAAGUUCUGCUUCCCCUGCUCGCGGGAGAGCAUCAAGGCGCAGGGGGCCGGCGGCGAGGUGUACUGCCCCAGUGGCGAGAAGUGCCCGCUGGUGGGCUCCAGCGUGCCCUGGGCCUUCAUGCAGGGGGAGAUCGCCACCAUCCUAGCCGGCGACAUCAAGGUGAAGAAGGAACGAGACCCUUGACCCACCCGUGCAUCAAUGCGGAUCCGCAUACACAAACUGGCACCGUCUGCACUUCUUCCAAAGGACUGAGACAUUUCCCCCAACCAAAAAACUAUGAGACAAAUGGGAUUAACAUCCACUGGCAGAGCCCUGGAACAAACUUGACUGCAGCAGGGACUGCCAGCUUUGCUCAGGAGAGCAGAGAGAGGUGCCAUUGCCACGUGUGACAGCACAGUCAUUGUUUUCAAUCAGUAGCCUGUCCAAACCUGGUUCUUCCACGAGGCCUCGACCUGUAUCACAAGGAUGUGCUGCGCCUUCAGAAUGAGGACUGGUAUCCGGUCAUUAACCCUGAUCUGGAGCAUCUUCCCGUGUUCAUCAAGCUUUUAUCGACAUGCAUUUUAUGUGUGUGUGUGUGUGCGCGUGUGUGCCUGUGUAUAUAUGUCGUGCCACUUUUCAGUCUGACAAAUAUGCUGAUGCAGAAGGGCGCCCAAGCAGAUCCGAUCGCUUGACUUUGCCUGCUGUUGCCCUCGUGCCUGUGUGUGUGUUGCCUGUCCAUGCUUUCGGCAGCAGUGAAGGUUCGGGCGAAGUUUCUCUGAGAUUAAGAAGGAACUGCAGGUGCUGGAAAAACGCAGGUACACAAAGAUGUCCCGAAACGUUGCCUAUUUCCUUCGCUCCAUAGAUGCUGCUGAACCCGCUGAGUUUCUCCAGCAUUUUUGUGUACUUUCUCUGAAAUUAGUUGCCCCAGGUUCAGCUCGAGUUGACAGCCGGAUUUACAGUCAGCCGCAGUCUUUGUCUGCUGGAUCAGAUUUGUAUUGCUGUCAAAAGAAAUCAGUCGGGCCUGUCUCAUUGGACUGUCAGAGCAAUGAAGAGUUAAGUUUGGCAAGGGGUCGUGGGUGUUGCUUGUGUCCCUGACUCAGCCUUUGUUUCUGGGGCAUGGCUACAAACCAGUUGCCGGCAGGGUCUCCAAUGCUGUCUGAUUUGACCUGAAUUGUUUGAGCACAGCAAGCACUUCUCAUUUUGUACCUCCCCUCUCCCUUUCACACAAAGAUUAAGGAAGGAAGGGAUUUGUACGGGAGUUUGGUCGACCCUGGUCAACGAUCAGCCUUGGGGAGGUACUGGUGGUUCUAGUUGAAUGGUGCUGCCUCUGUGCCCUGUGUGCAGAGAAGAGUCAACCCCCUCCCAAACCUCACCUGCACCAGCGGCCGGCAGCUGCCCGACCAGCUGAGUUAAAACUCAACGAGCGGCAGUCUUAAUUUCUAUGUCGCCAGUGAGCUGAUACCUCAACCAGAGUUUGGGGACUGGAUGAUUUCACAUCUGGGGGGGGGGAUUUGAUGUUUAAUAAGAACAAAACAUAGAAAAUAGGUGCAGGAGUAGGCCAUUCAGCCCUUCGAGCCUGCACCGCCAUUCAAUAUGAUCAUGGCUGAUCAUCCAACUCACUAUCCCGUACCUGCCUUCUCUCCAUACCCCCUGAUCACUUUAGCCACAAGGGCCACAUGUAGCUCCCUCUUAAAUAUAGCCAAUGAACUGUGGCCUCAACUACCUUCUGUGGCAGAGAGUUCUCAAACUCUCAAGAAAUUCUCAAACUCCGCAUGAAAUGUGUAUCCAAGCCGCCACGGUUUUA